AUGGCGGACGAAGAAACAACCUUGGGUAAACGCGUCAGAGAACAAGCUGAAGAAGAAGAGCAAACUGCUGAGUCGCAAGAUCAUGAAGUUGAUAUUGGACCUGUUCCACCGUCACUCGAUCAAUUGCCAAAAAAGAAAAAGCGAACUUUAGCUCAUGAAAAACUUUAUCUGGGCCAUUUGCCUUCAGCUGAUAUGUACGAAAGGAGUUACAUGCAUCGAGAUGUGUUGAAUUUCGUGCAUAUCACAAAGACCGAUUUUAUUAUUACCACAUCGGUUGAUGGGCAUUUGAAAUUCUGGAAAAAAACGGAAAGAGGAAUUGAAUUUGUUAAGCAUUUCCGAUCGCAUCUAGGGAAUAUCACGGGUAUAAGCGUAUCUUCAGAUGGUCUAUUACUGGCGACCAUUGCCGUCGAUAAGGCCCUGAAAGUAUACGACGUGAUAAAUUUCGAUAUGAUUAAUGUGGUCAAAUUGGAUUAUAUUCCAAAUAGUGUCUGUUGGGUUCAUAAACGAGGGCAGGCUCAAGCAUUAGUUGCAUGUGCAGAUCAGGACUCCGGGAAUAUAUUUAUCUAUGACGGUCGAGGUGACGGAAAUCCAUUGCACACACUACCGAAAAUGCAUUCACAUCCAGUGCAAAUUAUGGCAUAUAAUGAGAAAUAUCAUUGUGUUGUAUCAACAGAUAUAUCUGGUAUGGUCGAAUAUUGGGAACCAGAAAGUCCAUUCGAAUUGCCAAAGAACCUGGCUUUCAAAUUCAAAUCCGAUACAGAUUUAUACGAAUUUAAAAAAGCACAAACAUCACCGAAUUCGCUUGUAUUCUCGCCUGAAUACACCCACUUUGUCACGAUGAGUGUUAGUGAUCGGCAAGUGCGCGUGUUUAAAUUUCUGACAGGAAAACUUACGCGUAAAUACGAUGAAUCAUUGACGGUCAUAAGUGAAAUGCAACAGGCUGGUACUUCUAUAUUUAAAUUGGAUGAUAUGGAAUUUGGACGUCGACUAGCCGUCGAAAGAGAAUUGGAAAAAUCGCCACAAUCAGCCACAAUGAAUGCAGUGUUCGAUGAGAGUGGGAAUUUCAUUAUUUAUCCUACAAUGUUGGGAAUUAAAGUUGUUAAUCUCCACACCAAUAAAGUUGUGAGACUCAUUGGAAAGACAGAAACACAUCGAUACCUAAAUAUGUCGUUAUAUCAGGGUGCGCCAAAGAAGAAAGCUGUCGUUACUUUGGAAAUGGCUACAUCAGAUAAUCCUUUGAUGAAAGAAAGUGAGUCGACCGAUCCAACAUUAUUUUGCACCGCAUUCAAAAGAAACAGAUUCUUUAUGUUCACAACACGAGAACCUGAUGCCCAAGACUCACAUAAAGGUGAUCGUGACGUAUUUAACGAAAAACCUUCACGUGAAGAACAAACAGUAGCCAGCGCCCAACCUACAAAGCAGAAACUGGGCAACAAUGCGAUUCUGCGUACCACAGCUGGCGACAUUCAUAUUCGCUUGUUCCCGGAAUAUGCGUCAAAAACAGUCGAGAAUUUUGUGACGCAUGCGAAAAGUGGGUAUUAUAAUAAUGUCAUUUUUCAUCGGGUGAUUAAAGGAUUUAUGAUACAGACUGGGGAUCCUCUCGGUGAUGGAACGGGUGGUGAAUCCAUAUGGGGUACAGAUUUCGAGGACGAAUUUCACAGGGAUCUGCGUCACGAUCGUCCGUACACUGUUAGUAUGGCAAAUGCAGGUCCUAACACAAAUGGAUCACAGUUCUUUAUAACUGUAGUGCCUACGCCCUGGCUAAACAACAAACACACAAUCUUUGGUCGUGCUACCGCCGGGAUUGACGUGAUUCUCGCAAUAGAAAAUGCAAAGACCGAUAAAAUGGAUAAACCGUACGAGGAUAUCCAUAUUAUAAACAUUGAGAUACGAUGA